GCCGUGUUUUCUGCCUUCACACCACAGACACCCUGCUUCCCGUCGUCGUCCUCGUCCUCGCCGCCAUCGUGCUCGCUGUCGACGUCGUCCUCGACACCCCCAUCCCGCUCCUCUCCUCAGCUCAUCGCUGGUUCCAUUUCGGUCCAGGCCCGUUCUGACCCACUGUCUCUGUUUCAUCUUCUUUGUUGAUUCUCUUCUUUUCAACAAAGCCUCUUGCAUUUAAAUACUCGCGCCAGCUCCCUUCUACCCCAUUCUUCACUAUUUCCCCAACAUGGAUCUUCAAUUCGACGAGUCGUGGUGCCCUGUAUGCGACAGGCAGAUCAUGCCAAAGCGCUUCCUUGUUCCUGUCCCACCACCGCAACCACCAUCAUCAGGCCCCUCUGCUCCUCCCUCAUCGCCUUCCUCUUCUCCAUCAAAAAAUCAACAAAGCGACAGCACCAUUACUCGUCAAACACGCCCAAAAAACAAUGCAUUGCGCACAAAGGGUGGUGGCCUGCUUCAGGGCACAGGCCGUGUCAAACCAAAUGGCACCAUCAAACGCACGGACUCUUCAUCCACUGGCAAAAACUCUCAGCCCCAAGUGCAACAGCCGGCCGCGAAGCCCGCCGUGCCUAUAAAGCACCGUACUGUCAUCGACCAGGGCCCAAUUCCUCUUUAUUGCUCUGACGAGUGUCGGAUGACUGACUUGAAUAGAGCCGCUGGUGCCUUCCACAUCGGAUAUAACCCAGAACGUGAAUCACCGCCUCUACCUCCAGUACCCCAUAAUUCGUUUAGUGGGAUGAGGAAUGAUGUGGAGGAUGACUCGAGUAGUGCCACUGGUUCUUCUGUGGAGUCCCACGUGUCUUACUCCGCCAGCCCAGUUGUCUCUCGUAGCAUGGCUACAUUGGCAGCUCUGUACGAUUUCCCCCCUCUUCCAGAAGUGCCCACACUCCUAUCAGCUGCCGACAGUGGGUCUUCUUCAGAUUCUGAAUAUUCCCAUGAAUAUCAAAGUGGAAUCAUGAUGGCUGCUCGACGCAUUACCGCUGCACUUUGUCCUGAUCCUGCUCAGAAGCGCAAGGCUUACAGCCACGAGGUACCUCAGCCGCGCAAACCGAUACCUGGCUGGACUGAUGGCAGUGAUGCAUGGCGAUCGUCUGUCUACAGCUUUGCGGCACCAUCAGAAAAUAGCUCUAAGGAAGGUACAGGAAAGGCAUAUUCAUCAUUCUCAGCUUCGCCUCACCGAUCGCGUGGCGUCUAUUCAACCAUAGGCGAGUCGAGCACGCCCACGGGUCGCAACAACUCAGUAGCAUCGCUACCUACCCAACGACAUGACUCAGAUCCGCUUCAGAGGUCAAAUGCAUCGUACACCGAAGAGCUCUAUGCCAAGUAUUCCCUUUCGUUAUCCCGACGUUCGGAAUCUCGAAACGCGUUAUUCCCAUCAUCUUCUGCUCAUUCGCUUCCUUCAACGUCAGGUUCAUCACGACGACGCCGCGAGGUGUCUUUAGUGAAGCCAGGUGCUGAAGGUCGCUUGUUGGUGCCAGACUUGAAGGCGCAUGCCCAUACUGGAUCGAGUCUCAGCCUGUCCUCGUCGUGCGAUGGUACAUCAACUACUUCUUGGCGGUCUGGGUCGAGUUAUCCUGCCAGUUCUAGGCCGGGCGUUCGCAGCCCACUUAGUCGCUUUCCAAGCGAAAUCAGCGAAGACAACAUGCAAAGUGAACAACGGGAUAAGAUUUCUGCCUCGCUGCCUCCACCACCGCAGAGGCCUACCGUACAGACUCGAUCGUGGUCUUAUGACAAUGUCAAGACUUACCCCGUGAUGAUGCCUCCGCCAAAGAAGGAGAAGCGCAUCGAGAAGCGGGUGGUUGACGGAGAGGAGAAGGACAUUGAGGUUGAAAUCGAGAUCCACCAGCCCCUCAAGCGGUUGUUUUUAUUCCCUGACAAGGAUGUGACCACCGAGCGUCCAUGUCGUAUAUUAUCAUUCCUAUACCCCGGAUGCACACUACCGACGAUACAAGCUACAGCGACGUCCCGUGGUUCAUAAUUCUGCAAGCAUGUUUACGAUAUACCCACCCUCCAUGGCACUACUUAUCGUCCAGCAUGACCGACUCUUCGGCCACAUUUUUCACACUACAUUCAUAUCACUCCUAUAAUGGCCUCAUCGUCUCCUAUGCUUAAUUGUGCUGCCUCACCACACCCUUGCGGUUGCAACUCCUAUCAAAGUUUUCUCGCCUAAUUUCUUCCUCACGCGUCACCCGUGAUUAAAAGUUCAAUAACGAAUUUCUUCUGUACCCCCUAUCAACAUAGCAUGUACCUCUUUUCAUUUUUUCCAUUUGUACUAUAAUUCUUCAUUGAUUCUUGUGCCAUUUGUAUAUUGUGUACUAUCAGACAUUCUCAAGGGGAUGCCAUUCUAUUGUAUGACUUUCCAGAACUCGUUUAGCUCUUGGACCUAAUACUUUUUCACUUUCUCGACUGUCGUCAUUUGCAUCAAUUGUUUUGGUUAGUUGGGUAUGUAAUUGGUGUUGGCCAAUGAUUGUGAUAUUCACUUUUUGCGGUUUUUCUACAUCCUUUAUUCCCCGGCUUCGAGUCGUCGCUAUCGCAUUGCACUGCAGCUGUUGUAGGUAAUAUAUGUACAUUGGUUUAUAUUUGUGGUUUUAGCAAUGAUACUGUUAUGACAGAAUUCUUCAUUGGAGCACAA